AUGGAGGAACUGGUGGGGCUGCGUGAAGGCUCCUCCGGGAAGCCGGUGACCCUGCAGGAGCUGUGGGGCCCGUGUCCACGCCUCCGCCGAGGCAUCAGAAGGGCCCUGGAGUGGCUGAAAGAGAGGCUGUUCCGUGUGGGUGAGGAUUGGUACUUCCUGAUGGCCCUCGGGGUGCUCAUGGCUCUGAUCAGCUAUGCCAUGAACUUCACUAUCGGGCGUGUGGUCAGAGUGCACAAGUGGCUAUACAGGGAAGUUGGGGACGGUCACCUGCUCCGGUAUCUCUCCUGGACUGUGUACCCUGUGGCCCUCCUGUCCUUCUCCUCUGGCUUCUCGCAGAGCAUCACACCCUUCUCUGGAGGGUCUGGACUGCCAGAACUGAAGACCAUGCUGUCCGGUGUAGUCCUGGAAGAUUAUCUAGACAUCAAGAACUUUGGGGCCAAGGUGGUGGGCCUCUCCUGCACUCUGGCAACAGGCAGUACCAUCUUCCUAGGCAAAGUGGGUCCCUUCGUGCACCUGAGUGUAAUGAUUGCUACUUACCUGGGCCGCAUACGAACCAAGACCAUUGGGGAAGCUGAGAACAAGGCCAAGGAAAUUGAAAUGCUAGCGGCAGCUGCUGCAGUGGGUGUGGCCACGGUCUUCGCAGCCCCCUUCAGCGGUGUCCUGUUCAGCAUUGAGGUCAUGUCCUCUCACUUCUCCGUCUGGAAUUACUGGAGGGGCUUCUUCGCUGCCACCUGCGGGGCCUUCAUGUUCCGCCUUCUGGCGGUCUUCAACAGUGAGCAGGAGACCAUCACUUCCAUCUACAAGACCAGUUUCCGAGUGGAUGUGCCCUUUGAUCUGCCUGAAAUCUUUUUUUUUGUGGCUCUGGGGGCCAUCUGCGGUGUCCUGAGCUGCGCUUACCUUUCCUGUCAGCGGAAUUUUGUUCGCUUCAUCAAGACCAAUCGGUACACCUCCAAACUGCUGGCUACCAGCAAACCCUUGUAUGCAGCUCUGGUCGCCCUGGUCCUAGCCUCUGUCACCUAUCCGCCUGGUGUGGGCCGCUUCAUGGCUUCGCGGCUGUCCAUGGCGGAGCAUUUGCACUCUCUGUUUGACAACAACUCCUGGGCACUGAUGACCCGGAACUCAUCUCCACCCUGGCCUGCAGAGCCUGACCCCCAGAACCUGUGGCUUGAAUGGUACCACCCACAGUUCACCAUCUUUGGGACUCUAGCCUUCUUCCUGGUCAUGAAGUUCUGGAUGCUGAUUCUGGCCACCACGAUCCCCAUGCCUGCUGGGUACUUCAUGCCCAUAUUCACCAUUGGAGCUGUUAUUGGGCGCCUCCUGGGAGAGGCCCUGGCUGUCGCCUUCCCAGAGGGCAUUGUGGCUGGAGGUGAGAUCAAUCCCAUCAUGCCUGGGGGCUAUGCUCUGGCAGGAGCUGCUGCCUUCUCAGGGGCGGUGACCCACAGCAUCUCCACAGCGCUGCUGGCCUUUGAGCUGACCGGACAGAUCGUUCAUGCACUGCCUGUGCUGAUGGCAGUGCUGGCGGCCAAUGCCAUCUCCCAGAGCUGUCAGCCCUCUUUCUAUGAUGGCACCAUCAUGGCCAAGAAACUGCCAUACCUGCCAUGGAUUCGAGGCCGUAAGAUAGGGUCCUACCCCGUGACUGUGGAUCACUUCAUGAACUGCACCCUCACCACCCUGGCCAAGGACAUGCCCCUGGAGGAGGUGGUCAAGGUCGUGACCUCUACAGAUGUGGCUCAGUACCCCUUGGUGGAGACCAGAGAGUCUCAGACCCUGGUGGGCACUGUGGAAAGGACCCACUUGGUGCAAGCCCUCCAGAGGGAGCCAGCUUCCUGGGUUCCAGGCCAACAGCGCUUUCUUCAGGACAUCUUGGCUGGUGGCUGCCCCACACAGCCAGUGACCCUGCAGCUGUCCCCAGAGACCUCCCUGUAUCAGACACACAGCCUCUUUGAGCUGCUGACCCUCCAGACACUGUUCGUGACAUCACGGGGCAGAGCCGUGGGCUCUGUGUCCUGGGUAGAGCUGAAGAAAGCCAUUUCCACCUUGGUCAACCCACCAGCCCCCAAGUGA